ACCUUGGUUACCGUGUUUGAAAUUAUGAUCUGAAAUCACAUUCACCAUCAAUCUGCAUAUAAUUCCACUAUCAUCUUCCCAAUUCAAAUCUCAAUUUUCAAAACCACGCAUUUCCGAAGAUCAAUCCGUGCUGGAAUUCGUAUGAUCCAAUUGGAAACCUAAUUUAACCUAAUCCACUCAAUUAGGUAUGUGUUGAUUUCCUUCGACAAUGAUAAAUUACCAAUUUGCCACAGAUAGUCCCAAAUCCUUCAAUGCAUAUCCAAAAGCUGAUAUUGAUCUAGAAUCCAAUACAAUUAGAAGACCUAGAAAGCUUAAACAUUAUUCCUUUCAUUAUUUUCACUUUCAUCCGGUUAUAAUGAUCAAAUCUUUUGGAAAUCGAGUUAUGUACUAUUACAAACUGCACCCUUUGAUGAUUCUCUUGAUCUUCUUCUCAUUUGGUGUUGCCACUCUUAUACUUCUUUCAGUUUACACUAGCCAUAUUAGUACAACAACAACAAACAAAUUAAACAAUGGGUUAGGGUUAUAUGAUGGUUUUCCGUUUGCGAAGCUGAGGAACCUGGUGAUGGUUGCUGGGCAUUCGAUAUAUACGAGUAGUAGUUGUGAGAAGGUUGAUAGGGAGGACUCGUGGUUUCUUGAAUCCUAUCAGAGGAAUGUGGGGCAGGCGGCAACGUUUGUGGCGCAUAUAAAGGAGGGGGUUGAGGUUGCUGCUAAUGAUGAGGAUGCUUUGUUGUUGUUUAGCGGUGGGGAGACGCGGAAAGAUGCUGGUCCGCGAAGUGAGGCGCAGAGUUAUUGGAUGGUUGCGGAAUCAAAAGGGUGGUUUGGCUACCAAGAGAAGGUGAGAUGGAAAGCACUCACUGAAGAACACGCAAGGGACAGCUUUGAGAAUCUUCUCUUUAGUGUAUGCCGAUUCAGGGAACUUACCGGUUCUUAUCCACAAUUUAUAACCGUUGUGGGUUAUGAUUUCAAGAAAGAACGAUUUGUUAAUUUGCACCGGUCUGCAAUUCGGUUUCCUGAGUUACGGUUUUUCUAUUUGGGCACCCCAGCUGCCACAUCUUCAAGAGAAGCAGCAUCAAAGGGGGAGGCAUUAGUGAGGACUCAAUUUGAACAUGAUCCGUACGCGUGUUUAGGAUCGCUUCGUCGCAAAAAGAUCGGUCGUGAUCCUUUCCACAGGUCAAUACCUUACCCUAAUGGCUGCCCUGAAAUUGAAGGCUUGUUUAGAUACUGCAGGGCUUCACUAUAUACAGGUUCCCUUCCUUGGGCCUAAUAAUUUAAUUUUAUUUUUAUUUUUCCUUUUGUUUUAUAAUUUCUUAGAUUGUAUGAUUUUGAAAUAUGAUGUAAAGUAGAUGGAUUUGAUAUAGUAUUUAUAGAUAUGACCCAAACUUAGUUGUAAAAUAAAGAGAAAAUCACGAAAUUAAGUCAUUUUUUGGUAUA